CGGAGCUGGAGGAAGAGGAGGGAGGGGGCUGUAUCGGGCGAGAGUAAAAAUGUGAAGGUGGAAUCCAAGUGAGCAGCGUCGUUUUCUGGUCUGUAGAAUCUGUCUGACUGGAGGGAAAAUAAUAACUAUUUUAAAAGCACACACACACACACACACACACACAGGAGACCUUGGCACAGCAGGAGCGGGAGCUUUAUUUUUAUCCUACAGCUGCUUACGGGAAUAAUCCUCGCUAAGAAUUCUUUGUUUAUAUUUGUGUGUCCCUCUUUCUGCCAGUGUCUACACCUUCACAUGUAAUUGACUGGAAGGAGCGGUGCCGAGAGUGAGGAUCGCAACCCGCGAUUGGAAGAUAUUGUUUUAUUAACUGCACAAUGUGAAUAUCUCCUCGUGCUUUAUGGGAUUAUUUUUGGCCGAAGCAGCUUUGUUUUGGAUAAGGACGCAUUGGGCAUCAUGAGUUCCAGUGCUCAUCAGCAAGUCUCAACACGCAGCGAGCGGAGCUCUGAGCCAAUCCGGUGUCAGCGGUGUCGAGAAGUAUGCAAAGGGGAAGUGGUUCGCGUCCAAGACACUCACUUUCAUGUCAAGUGCUUCACCUGCACCGUGUGUAACUGUGACCUGGCACGAUCUGGCUUCUUCCAGAAGAAGGGCGAGUACAUUUGCACGGCAGACUACCAGCGUUUAUACGGCACACGCUGCGACCGCUGCGGCAACUUCAUCACAGGAGAGGUGGUGUCCGCUCUGGGACGCACGUACCACCCCAAGUGCUUCGUCUGCAGUAUGUGCAGCAAACCCUUCCCAAUCGGAGACAGGGUGACGUUCAGCGGAAAGGACUGUGUGUGCCAGCAGUGCUCCCACACACUUGUCAAGUCAAAUGAGCCCAUCAAGAUCCACGGGCCGAGCCACUGUGCUGGGUGUGGAGCAGAAAUCAAACAGGGUCAGUCUCUCCUGGCACUGGAGAAACAGUGGCACGUCAGCUGCUUCAGAUGUCGGACGUGCAACAUGGUUCUCACGGGGGAAUACAUCAGCAAGGAUGGAGCGCCGUACUGUGAAGCGGAUUACCACGCCCAGUACGGAGUGAAAUGUGAAACGUGUUACAGAUACAUCAGCGGACGGGUUCUGGAGGCAGGAGGGAAGCAUUACCAUCCGACAUGCGCUCGAUGUGCCCGCUGCAACACGAUGUUCAAAGAAGGGGAAGAGAUGUACCUGGCAGGUUGUGAGGUGUGGCACCCGCUAUGCAAGCAGGCUGCAAGGGCAGAGCGAAGACUCAGGCACAGACGCCUGUCGGAGACCUCCAUCUCACCGCCAGGAUCCUCCAUAGGUUCUCCCAGCAGAGUUAUAUGCGCCAGAGUGGAGAAUGAGAUCUUUGAUUAUAAGGACCUUGCUGCCCUGCCAAAGGUCAAGGCCAUAUAUGAGGUCCAGCAGCCAGAUCUCAUAUCCUCCUCAUACCAGCCAUACCACAGAUACACCUCUGAUGAAAGGCUAGACACUUUCACCUAUGGGGAGUCCCUUGGAAAUCUCUCUCCGUAUUCUCAGGAUUAUGACCAUCCGGAUGCAAAGCAGCUCCGAUGCCCCAUUCCAGGUUAUAUUGAUUCCCCGACAUACAGUCGUCAAGGCAUGUCACCCAUCAUGCCUCGCUCUCCACAGCACUUUGGCUACCCUGGCUCUGAGAGUGGCAGGAGUUCACCCUGUUAUGGCCAAGAGGGGCGAUCAAGCACACCCACCACAAACCAGCCCCCUAAACAUUUUCAUGUUCCAGCCACAGGGGAUCCCAACAUCUACAGGAAGCCACCCAUCUAUAAGAGAACGGCCACUAAAAGCAGAACAAGUGAGGAUAUCCUCCGGUCCUCCAGCCUGUCCACCUACUCUCCAGAGCCAUACACACAGUCGGAGUCAGACUAUUACCCGUACACUAGCUCCCCGAGAGCCUACCGGGUGCCACGGCGACGCUUCUCGACAGGAGGCGAUGAAGAGAGUUGGAGUCAGGGUCUUCAAAGAAUUGGGAGUGGCAUCGGACGGAUGAUUCUCAAGGAGGAGAUGAAAGCAAGAUCUGGUUCCUAUGACAACGACCCCUGGGGCAGCGCGAGGAAUUCUCGUUGCGGGAGCAAGGAAACGCUGAACACAACAGGCUACGGCACAACGGCAUACAACAACACCGUCAAUGGCUCACCAAGAUCUCAGUACAGCGCUGAUAGUGAUUUUGGUUGCAAAUCAGCAUCACUACCAGGAUAUAGGCGCAAUGGUAUUCAGCGGCCUCAGAGCGCAGAUUGCUACCAGUAUCAGUAUGACGACGGCAGCGAGGUCAACUGGGGAAGUAGAGCUGAGUAUAAGGUUUAUCCAUAUGAAUCACUCAUUGUCACCACCAGAGGGCGGAAUAAGCUGCCUAAAGACGUCGACAGAGCGAGACUGGAACGCCACCUGUCCCCAGAAGAGUUCAUCCAGGUGUUCGGAAUGACCGUGGAGGAUUUUGACCGGUUGGCUCUGUGGAAACGGAAUGAGCUGAAGAAGCAGGCUCGGCUGUUCUAGUCACACCCAGGUGUGUGUUAAAUACUGCCACACGUUGAGUCGCACGGGACCAUGAGACGGAGACGCGUCUUCUCAGUUCCACUGCCACGUCUGACAAAUGUUGUCUGCCACAUGACAAACAAAAGCCGGAGUGGACUUUUGGUGACAGUGGUGGAGGGGCGCCGCGCAGAGACGGACUGGAACAUGUUUGCCAGUGCAGCCAUAGCUGUGUAUUAGAUUGAAAUGUAAGCAAUAGAGACGUUCAUGCUGUAGUGCAGUUUGUUUGUUUUUUUCCAAGUUGAGACUGUGCUCCCUUACACAGGACCGCAUCUGUGACCAGAGCUGCAGGACCGAAACACGAUGUGGAGAAAUUUGGCUUUGCCUUACUUGUUAUGCUCUUUUAGUUACGACUGUGCAGCACCAGCAAUCCAAAGGAGUAGAAUGUAGAUACAGUAUAUCAUUUCUGACACUUUAUCUGUGUGAAUGAUACUAAGGGUGAGUGAGUGAGUGAGUGAGUAAGUGUGAGCAUACGCCUUUGGUGCAGGGUGCAUUUUUUUGACAUGUUACCUAUUUUUGUUGUCUCUCACGAAACGGAGCAUCUUCAGUUGACAGAGAACAUCUGCAGUGGGCCAAACUUUUUUGUUUUUAUGUCUUUUAGUGAGCUGCUUCAAUUAGCGCGAGAAUGAAAAUCUACAGCUUAGAAGAUGCUGGCCGAAUAAUUAAAGGUCAGCAGUAGUGCAGCUGUACUGGAACCGAAGAAUGUGCAGUUCAGUAGGAACAAUGCAAAACUUCAUUUCCAGAAAAGUGUGCAGUUUUCACACUUCUAAUAGAAAUGGAAAUCUUUUCACUGUUCUUUUAAACUAUAAUUUGAGACACAAGUACAAAGGGAAUGUUUCUUGACAUCUUCAUUUUUGAAGGCCACAAUUAAGCUUUUUUCCCUUGUUUUGCAGAUAAAUAUUAAGCGAUGCAGUUAUUUAAAUAAAAAUGCUAAAGAUGUAUUCAAUGCUAUGAAGAAUGGAAUAGUGACAUAGGCGUAAAUAAAUGUGGCACCUCAUAAAAGCCUGUCCUCGCUUCUAAAAUGUACACUAAACCAUUAAUGUAAAACUGUCAGGCCAGGAGCCGCCAGUAGGGGAGGCUAUUGUCCACCAUAGUGGACAAUAGCUUCUUGAUGGCAUCACUGUUCACAUUUUCUCAAAUUUAUAAGUCAAGGCAUACUACAGAUAGUUAACUUUGCACUUGUGCCAAAUUAAUGUCUCAAACAAAACAUACCGGUAUAUGUUUUUUUUUUUUUUUUUUAGGUUUUAUAAAAUAAAGUUUUCUGGAAUUGAGGUUUGAGUUUACAAGAUAUAACGUCGUCAUGUUCUUUCUUCUUUCCAAUAGAAUGAUGAUGAUAGUUUAGGUUGUGCAUUGUUUAUAAACCUACAUUCACUACUAUUUAUAUUCUUUUAGAACGAUAAUCCAAUAAUUUUGUAGCUCCAGAAAUUAUAUCCCCAUGCCAGGAGACACUCAGCAAGGUAUUUUCCCACACAAAGACCCAGGGUUGUUGAAGACUUCUUUUCAAUACUGUUAUUUUUGUGAUUUUGACACUAAAAUUAAACUGCAACUCAGAA